ACACUUCCUGUUUGCCCUGUGUUUGUGAGGCGCGGUGUGAGUGUGUGUGAAGCGCAGAAGGCUUUGCCAGCAGUAGAGGACUGCCACUCGUCACCGCUGGCUCACUUUGCUCUUGUUUCACUGAAUUGCACCACUGUGCCAAGGAUGUGGCUUCGUCGCUCUCAUCACUCGUCUACUGAAUGAAUGGAAGUGGAAUUGAGUUUCACACACUUUGGCUUGGACUUGUAGACGCACACAGAGGCUAUGGGUGCCGGACGAUAAACUGCAGGUGUGAGUGAGUGGUGAAGAUGCAGCACACCUCAUGCACAGAGGACAGGAUCCAGCAUGCCCUGGACAGGUGUCUGGACGGGCUCCGGCAAAGUCCCACAGCGGCACAGCACUGGAACGUGCUGAUGUGCUCGGCGGGUCAGUCAAUGAACCGCUGGAGUCUGGAGGAGCUGGUGAAGAGGGACCCGGAGAAUUUCCUCAUCCUCCUGCAGCAGAUCAUCAGGAAGACCAGAGACGUUCAGGAGCAGUGUCAGUAUGAGCUUGUGGCUCCUCUCGCUAUCAUGUUUGCCUCCACUCUGCUUCAGACGCCUUACUGUCCUCCAGAGACAGAGUUGCUGGAGGAGGCCAUCGAGGUGUUUCGCUGCUUCCUCACCUGGCCUGAACCGUACUGCAGUGUGUGUAGAAACCUCCUCUCCACACUACAGCUGGAGAUCAAAGCCCCAGGGAUAUCGUUUCACAGACUGGUGACAGAAGAGCAGUGCCUGAGCACCUCCAGCCAGCACGCUAAGACCAUGACGGUCCUGUUGAUGAACCCGGGUGAAGUUCCUGAUGAGUUUCUGUCUGUGGCGGAGCAGCUCAGUCACAUCCAGCACUCCCAGAAAGAAACCUACAUCACCCUGAUCAAACACGCCUACCAGUCUGCCCUAAGCACCAAGUACCCUCUGCAUAGCAUCCACAGGGCCCUACAGGCAAAGAGUGUGAAUGAAUUGGGCGAGGUCUUCUCCAUGGUGAGCGAUGUCUUGGAGUCAGCAGCUGCCACGGGCGACCCAUCAAAAGGGCGCAGUCAUGUGAUACAGGGUCUGGAGAGACUAAGGGAAAGGAUUGGCAUCCCAGCAUCCAAUGGAAGAAAGUCUGACGGAAUGCUGCAGACGCUACCACUGCCCACAGCCAAGUGUUACAUGUUUCACUGGGACAAAGACAACUUUGAUGUUCUAAAUACCCUUUUGGAGAAUGAGCAUGAUGUGCUGACAGACCUUGGAACCGCUAACGGACAGACUGAGGUGGAAGAUGAGGUAGUCACUGAUGAUGAGGAUGAGGAGGAUGCCACGGAGUCUGACCUAGAAGAAGAGGAAGAGGAAGAUGUAGAAGUAGAUUUGCCUUCCAUGUCUUUCAUCCCUAAUGGCUGCAGCAUCAGCCAUCGUGCCUCCACCAUCUCCUCCCUCUCCACUGCCUCCAAAGACUCCAUGUUCUCCACCCUGUCCAUAGCCUCAGAGUCCUGCGCCCCAUCUCUCUUCUCUGUCACCUCUAGUGCUGAUAGUGACUUCUUCGAAGACCCUGAUGACCCCUAUAUCUGCUCCUCUCCCAUUUCGGAAAAAUCUUCCCCAAAGUCCAACAAAGCUUCUGCUCGGCUUAGCCAGCACCUCUAUCGGCUCUUCAUCAAACCCAAAAGCUCUCGGUUACUGUACCGAGCCAAGAGCUUAGGGAACCCGGAGUCUAAAGACCUCUUGGUGGUGCGCUCCAAACGCUCCAACUCUCUACCCCAGCAGGUCCAGUUGCGCAGCCCUGAACCUCUGCUCCAGACACACACUCAGACCCUCAGACAUGUCUGCUUUCAUAGGAGGCCCAUUCUUAGCAGUGAUGAGGACAGUACGAACACUACGCUGAGGGUGGUGGUGUUUGGAGCGGAUCACGUAGCGGGGAAGGUGGCCCGGGCCUACAGUAGCCUGAGGAGGAAGGAGAGCGCAUGGCCACGUCUCAGCAGGGCUUUCAAGCUUCAGUUUUACUUUGUGCCGGUGAAGAGGGACUCAGCAACAGGGCCAGGACGCCUGAGGUCUCACAGCCCUUUGGUUCCAAUAGGGACUUUGCUGAAAGGAGCAGCCUCAAAUGCUGACCCCACCCUAUCUGGCACAGGAGACAGUACUAAUGACAUUGCCCGUCUCCUUGGUAUGUUGGAUCCCUGGUACGAAAGAAACACCCUCAGUCUGCUCAAGUUGCCAGCCAGCGUUGUCUGCCAGCAAACCUCUAAGACGGAGUCAGAGUCAUAUGAUAGUUCAUAUGAGCAUCGUUUACCCAUCCUGGCAGACCUGGUGCUGUACUACUGUCGCUACGCUGCCCGGCCUGCACUGAUCCAGCUCUAUCAGGCUGAGCUGACGUUAGCUGGAGGAGAGAGGAGGACGGAGGUGUUUGUCCACUCACUAGAGCUCGGUCACACAGCAGCAACACGAGCCAUCAAGGCCAUGGGUGCUGCCAGUAAGAGGUUUGGUAUUGACGGAGACCGAGAAGCAGUGCCUCUAAUGUUGGAGGUGGUGUACAACAGGGUGGUGGUUAGUGGGAGAAGUCAGUGGAAACGAGAAACCAAGGUCUGCACUUCCGUAAACUUGAUCAAAGCCUGCAAGAAUCCUGAGGAGCUAGACUCAAAGAUGGAGUGCCUGCAGCUCACGAUGACCGAGGUCCUGAAGAGACAAAACUGUAAAAGCAAGAAGGGGUACAACCAGCAGCUCAGUGUGACUGAGGUGAAGGUGGACAAGGUGCAGGUCAGUGGCACUGGAAACACAACCUUUGCUGUCUGUCUGGACCAGGAUGAGAAGAAGAUCGUGCAGAGUGUCACCAGGUGUGAGAUAUCAGUCUGCUACAAACCUGACAACUCCACAGACUGGAGGCUGAGCAAAGCCCAUAUCUCUCCCCAAAUCCAGCCUCUACACCCGACCUUCUGCUCCCUCCUCUGCCUACCCAUCGUCACGUUUAGUGGUGCCCUGCCCUGACACCACUGCUCUCUGCUCUGGAAAGGAGCGUUUCUGUUCAGAAACAGACAAAUGGUGGGAUCAAAAAGGUGCUGGCACUUCAGUCACUCAGAAUAUACCCGGCCACGUCUACUCAAACGGUGCUCCGUCCUUGUAAUAACAGUAACUGUAAAAGGAGAAUGAAAAAAGUUUAAGACAGCAUCUUCAUCCCUUGAAUAAAUUUUAUCACAUCAACAUGUUUUGGAGGAGAACCUCCUUUCUCAGAGCACAUAAAAGAAUGGGGUUCAGCUCUUUCAUUCAUUUCUGACAUUUUAGACACCAAGAUACUUCUCACUGCUGUCUCGGUUUCAGUGUGUCACUUCCUGUUGGUGGAGAAGUCACUAUGGUGUCAGAAUUUCAUUUGGGCAAAUCUAUAAAUUCACUAUGCCCUAGGAAGGGUGGAGUAGGAUGUUCUUCUCUUCCUCUAUUGCAGCCCCACCUUGUGAUUUAAACUAAUAAGACAGAUAUUUUUACAAAAAAGAAAAAAAAAAUCUUGCCUUGUUCAGCACUGACUCUCACCAUGGCUGAUGGUUCAGUUAUGUGAGGGCUCCUACAUGACAAUAUAAUGAGCCUGGGCCUCAGGAUGAGGCUGAAUUUAUUCAAUGAUUUGGAUUGUGGAAAUGAGCUGUGGCUCUACUCCUCUCUGGAUGAACUGAUAUGGACAUGGAAAACAAAGGGAUACUUUACACCUGUUGACCAGACUGUACACACUGUAAUGGAAACUAAAACUUCACUUGGAGUGGAUGUGGAAUGAGGGGAAAAGGGAUAGGAGACCAUGUCUCAGAAUGGACACUAUAGAUUUAUGAAAAAUGUAAAUAUUGUGUUUAUAAUGUAUUGUGUAUGUGUACUUUUGUGUAUAUAACUGUGUAUAUAACUUGAAAUUCGCACUGUAAUAUUUUGUAUGAAUGUAAUUGAGUGGUCUUUUACUGUAAAAGCGGAGCAGUUGCAAAGAAAUCACUGUUUUAAUUGUAGUUCUAACUUUGACCAGCAGGGGGCUCUGUCGACUCUCCCUUCAGCUUGUCGAGAUGACAGUAGUACUUUGAUUUCAUAAACAGGGCUGAUUGCAAAUAUAAUAGAAUCUCACUUUGCAGUGACUGUAAUGUAGUUAAUGUAUAGACCAUAUGUUACAUAUAUUUGAUAAUCAACCAUUGUGGACGCAAAUAAAAUUGUUGUAAUGGUGCUAAAACAAUAUAUUCAAUGGUGUUUUUUUACACCCUUACACUUUACAAAA